AUGAAGAUCAAGGUUGCGGAAGCUACGGCGCUCGUCAAAACGGCGCUACAAAAGAUGGGAUACAAGCCCCACGAUGCUGCAAUCAUCACACGACAUCUCAUAGACAGCGAGCUUCGAGGCUUUGGAGCUGCUGGCAUCGCUCGGGUGCUGAGCAUCCGCGAGCGAUUGAAAGAAAAGGGUUUGAAAGAUGAAAUCACGAUAACUCGUGAUAGUCCUGCGACUGCGCAGCUGGAUGGACAAGACACUUUGGGGUAUCUGGUGGCUCAACAGGCAACAGAAAUUGCAAUACGCAAAGCCAAACAAACUGGAGUGGCUGUUGUGGGUGCCAACGAUACGUGGUACACGGGCAUGCUCGCAUACUACGCUGAACAGGCCGCCGAGCAGGAUUUGGUCACCAUCAUUGCCUCCAAUGCAAGCCCUUGGGUGGCACCAUCUGAUGGCUACAAGCCUAUGUUCGGCACCAAUCCUUUCAGCGUGGGGUUUCCCUCUGGCAGUGGCACCCCAGUCAUCUACGAUGUAGGCACAUCCAAAAUCCUCCAUGCCGACAUACUUCUUGCGCAGCGUCUUGGAGAGCCGCUGCCGCCAGAGUCAGCGUAUGAUGCGACUGGUCAAGUGACUACCGACCCUGCGGAGGCAUUGCAAGGCGCCAUUGCCGUAUGGGGUGGUCACCGCGGCUCCGGCCUGGCCAUCACAGUGCAACUGCUAGGUGUUUUGGCUGGGUCGCCCGCUCUACCUGGGAAUCUGGAGCAGUUUGGUUUCUUGAUUAUCGCCGUCGAUCCGGCCAUGUUCAGGCCCAUCGAUGAGUUCAAGGCAGAAAUCGAUGCUUAUUCCGCCAAGUUGCGACAGAGUCCUUCAUUGCCUGGCAAAGGGCCAUUGAGAAUGCCUUAUGAACGGUCAUCAGCGGUGCGGGCAAAGACAAUCGAAGCCGGUGAGUUCGAGGUUUCGGAUGAGGUCUUAGCGAUGUUGCGGCGAACGAUCAACUACGAGCAGCAAGACCAGGGAGUCGGGCAUCGGCUCUGA